AUGUCGAUCAUUAGGGUUACAGAAGGGACAGAUCGGCCUCCUUUCUCGAAUAUCGAAUACGAUCGCUCUCACGGGGCAGAAAGAGACGCCAGGUACACUGCUCACAGUUCAUCCAGAACGGUGGGCGAGAGUUCGUUAGUACUCAACGGUAGCGUUACCAACGAGGAUGAUUCGCAUGGCGUUCACCUCCAUCAGAUGGAUGGUGGCAAGCUUGCCGAUGGAAACCUGGACCCAGCUUCCUUAAUCCACUUUUUUUGA